AUGGGACGGGACUUAGCACUGGAGAAGACUACGCCACUUUCGAGCCAGUGUCUGGAAUAUUUGGAAAGCAUCAAAGCCAUUCUCGAUAGCAUCGAUGCUGUAUUACCGGACAGCGCAGGAUCUACAGACUCCCCGCACUUUGAGCCCCCACCUUCAUACAACGAUACAAUAGCAGAUGAACCUCCAAGCUAUGAUUACACGGGUGAUCUAGCUCUAGCUAAAGCAGCUCGCUACUAUCCCGUUCCCCCACCGGCCUAUUGCUACAAAUCCGUUGGCAGUAUUUUACCUCCGGAUCAAAUGGCGACGCCCGAUAUCGACUUUGGUGACACGUCCAAUUUUCGUCAAGCAGGCGGCAAGAAGAGGGAGAAACAGCAAAAAAAGCAAGCGGACACAGCCAAAUGGAACGACGAGGGUGGGGAAGGAAACGCUGAAGGCGCUGAUGGAGGCGAGGAGAAUGGCAGUGGAGGAACUGGUGGAGGAGCUGGUGGAGGCAACAAUGGAGAUGGAGGCGCAGGAGACGGUGGCGGAGAUGGUGACCACUGGGGUGCUUGGGAUACGGGGAAGAAAAAGAAGGGCAAGAAAGCUAAAGAGGAAGAGAAAAAGAAGGAGGAGGAAGAAGAGGAAAAGAAAUGGAAAGAGGAAGAGGGGGCUAACGGGGAUGGUAAACUGGACUGGGCCGAUGAUACAAAUGGGGACGUGGGCGAUGACUGGGGAGGCUUUACGGCUACGGCGACCAAGAAGGGCAAGAAAGACAAGAACGGAAAGAUUGAGCCGUCAGCCAAUGGCACAAGUGAUUUUGCCGACAUCAAGCUAGACGACAGUGUGCCAAAGAUCGACCUCAGCUUUGGUCCGACGGAAACAAGGGACAGUGGCGGGUUCGGCUCAUUCGGUGGUUGGGGGGGAGGUGGCAGUACCUGGAAUACCGGCAGCAAUUGGAAUUCCAGUCGAGCUGAUACCGAGACUACAGAUAUUGCAGACUCGUUCUCUAGGACUACGAAGGAAUCCACAAACAUUACGACAGACAGCAACUCUUGGUCAUUUAGUGGGAACAAGAAAAACCAGAAGAAGACUACUACCAGCGGAUUUGACUUUGGGAACUUCGGUGCACUCGAGGAAGAGAAUGAGGGCGAAAAAGCAGAGGAAGAUAAAGCGGGAGGCAACGACGAUUGGGGAACCUUCACGGUCGCUGGUAAGAAGGAUAAGAAUUCCAAGAAGAAGGGCACCUUCGACGAUGUUUCCAACGACCCGGACCCAAACACCAUUGGUACGGCAAUUGCGGACCCUGAACCUGUUGCGGAGAAAUCAUGGAAUGCAUGGGGAAAUCCAUCUACCAAGAAGAAGAGAGGCAAGAAAGGCGAAGAAGAGACGCCUCUGCCACCCCCUCCAGCCGCUGCUGUGCGUACACCUGUAGAGCCUGCUGCUGAUGAAUGGGGCGGAUUAGGCACCAAGAAGAGUGGAAAGAAGGGCAAAAAGAUUACGGAGGUUGACGAACCAGCUGUCGCGGUUGUCCCUGAACCGGAACCCGAAGGUGACUCUGGCUGGGGUACAUUUGGCAAAAAAGAGAAAAAGAAGGGCAAGAGAGAGCCUGAGAAGGUCGAAGACCCAGUCACCACCAUAGCACCCGAGCCAAAACCAGAAGCCGAUGCUGGCUGGAGCUCAUUCGUUAAGAACGAUAAGAAAAAGGGCGGCAAGAAAGAGCCAGAGAAGAUCGAGGCGCAAACGAUUGCCGCAGUGCCAGACCCUGAGCCAGAUCUGGACGUUGGCUUUGGUUCGUUUGGCAAGCAAGAUGAGAGAAAGGGUAAGAAGGGCAAGAAAGAGCCUGAGAAAUUCGAAGAGCCAACGACCACGGCUUUGAAAGAACCGAAACCAAAUUCAGAAUUUGGCUUUGGCGCGUGGGACAAUAAGGAUGACAACAAGGGCAAGAAAACCAAGAAGGAGCCCGAGAAACUGGAAGAGCCAACAAUCACUGCAUUCCCAGAUGCUGAGCCAGAUUUGAGCUUUGGUUUUGGCUCAUUCGCGAAGAAAGAGGACAGAAAGGGUAGGAAGGGCAAGAAAGAAGAUAAAACAGAAGCACCAGCAGUUACUGUUGUCCCAGAGCUAGAACCCGAGGCAGACAUUGGUUGGGGCUCGUUUGCCAAGAAGGAGGCCAAGAAGAAGGGCAAGAAGGAUGCUGACAAGACGGAAGAAUCAUCCGCGAAGGAGCCGGACCCGGAGCCUAUUGAUGACUGGGAUUCUUUCGGCACCAAGAAGGAAAAGGACAAGAAGAAAGCCAAGAAACCCAACAUCUGGGGUGAGCCUGAAAGGGAGGAGAACCAGAUCGAUGAGGAAUCACCUGAGCCUGAAAUUGACACUGGAUGGGGCAACUUCGGUCCCAAGAACGACAAAAAGAAGGGUAAGAAAGAUGUCAUGGAAGAGAUCAAACCUAUAGGGCCAGAGCCAGUAGUUGAGGAAAAGCCAAGUUUAUCACGCACAGGAUCCACGAAGGGCAAGAAGGGCAAAAAAGGCCUCGUGCCGGAAGUCAAGGGAGAUCCUAUGCCAGCCAUUGAGUCCAGAUUCGCUACGGACGACGCCAGUGUCGCGGCUGACGAUGACUGGGCGAGUGGCUCCGGCACUGCCAAGAGGAAGGACAAUAAAAGCAAACGGAAUUCACUUGCUAGCACUGGCUCCAAGAUGGAUGAAGCACCAUCGCCACCGCCUCCUGUGCCUGACGUUCCAGAUCCUUCUUCGUUUGAUACAUGGGAUACUGCUAAAAAGGAAAAGGACAAGAAAGGCAAAAAAGGCAAGGUCACCGAGCCUGAGCUUAUUUCUGUGCCGGAACCCGAGGAAACGGAGGAUACAGUGAAGGACGGUUUAGCCAGUUGGGCUGGUCUUUCCGCUAAGGAUAGGAAAAAGAAGGAAAAAGAGAAGGAGAAGGAGAAGGAGAAGGAGAAAAAGGACAGAGAGACAAGAGAAGCCAGGGAAGAGGAAGAGGCCGAAGAGAAGGAGAGGAAGGAAAAGGAAGAGGCAGACGAAAAGGAAAGGGAGGAGAAGGCAAGGAAGGACAAGGACAAGGUCAAGGGAAAGAUCGGGAAGAAGGGCAAGACUACUACGUCGCCCGAGACCUCAAAGACCAAGGACUUGCUUGCAGACUCGAUCCCUGAUAUUAUACCGGUUGUAGAGGAGGAUACCUGGGGUUCAACUUGGGGUUCAAGCUGGGGAGCUGGAGCGUCCAAGGAGAACAAGAAGAAAGGUAGCAAGGAGAUGUCCUGGGGAGCGCCACCGCCGGCACCCACUCCGCCCGCGCAAGGCUUGACUCCGGAGCCUGAGGAAAAAGAAGGGGAUUUGCUGGAUGAUAAUUGGGGUGACUUUCCGCCUGCCAAGGCUACUACAAAGGGGAAGAAAGAUGGCAAAAAGGAUCCCAAAGAGGAUUUGAAGGCCGGCAAGAAGGGCACAAAGGACAAGAUCGAGGAAGUGGUAGAUGACACGUCCAAGAAGUCGGCGAAGGAUGACCUGAAGAAGAAGGACGCCUGGAGAGAGGAUACACCUGCAAAAGCAGCCAAGAGUUACUGGGGCGGUAUGGGAACAACGUCUGCCUCCAAGUCUAAAGCGAGCUCCAAAGACAAGGAUAAGGCGGCAAAGGAAGCUGAGGAAGAGGGAGAGGAGGAGGGGACGGAGGAGGUGGACGACGACGACGAUGAGAUUCUAGAGAUGUUGGACGAAGAGCCCCCGAGCAAAAAGCCGGCAAAGGAUGGAAAUCUUUGGAAGACGAGCACUAAAGAUAGCGACAAGGCUAGCAAAGGCGGCAGCGUGGCGAAGAAGAAAGGUGGUGUCAGGGAUGACGUUACAGAGGCGGUGACAAGUAAAGGCAAAAAUGGCAAAUCCAAGGGGCUUGGUACAGAAGACAAGGAUGAUGAGAAAAAAGAAGAGGAAAAGGAAAAGGUUGAUGAUGCUUUCAGUCUACCGGUAUGGACACCUUCGUCCAAGAAGACAACUGGCAAGAAUUGGAAAGCAGAUGAGGUCUUAGGGAAAAAGGAAAUUGGCGCUAAGGAUCUGACCAAUCAGAAGUCAACGGGAAAGAAGGGAAUCUCGAAUGAGCCAGAAUUUACUCAUAAAGAUGACCAACCUUCGACGUUAUUGCAACCUUCGAAACCUUUCAAGUCAGCAAUGUCCACUUCGAAAUCAACAAAACCUUCAUCCGUCUUACAGAGAGUCAAGGAGAUUGAGAAGGAGAAGAAUAAGGCUUCAGAUUCUGCGCCACCUGACCUAGAUCCCGAACCAACUUCAAAAUUCGACAAGAAAGCUGGCGCAUCAAGUAAAAGCAAAGACUUAGCAUCAAGUAAAGUCGCCGCAUCAAAGACCAAGGAUUCGAACCCUGAAUCCAAAACCAAGAAGAAAUCUUCAGAGGAAACUGUUCCAGGCAGUUUCCCAGGUGAAGGCAUGGAUGACGACUUCAACAAUCUCGAUGAGCUCGAUGAGCUCCUCGAUGAUGAACCCCUGCUCGAGAAGAAAGACAGCAAGAAGGGCGCCAAAUCUACUAAAGAGUCGAAAAUUACCUCAAAGGCUCGCGACACGCCCGAGUCGAAACGACCACCGACACCGCCACCUGAGCCCAAAGAGGAGAAGCCUGCUAAGAAAGAGCGCCCUCGCAUAGCCAAAGAGGGAGGUGCCUCUUCUUGGAGUCUCUGGGGUGCAGCUCCAGCAAAGAAGAAGGAGACUAAAGCAAAGGACGAUGCUGAUGUCUCAUCGCCGCUUAAAAAAGAGAAAGCUGCUGCUCCUGGCUUUAGUAGAUCAAAGUCCACCCGGACAGCCAAGGAGAAAGACAAGGAGACAGUCAAGUCUGAAGCUAAGUCGUCUGACUCCGACAAACCAAAGAAGACAGAGUCUCGUCCACCCAAGUCGCGGGGCUCAAGCUUUGGUGCGCUAUUUGGCGGCGGACCUCCAACACGGACCAAGUCGGUUCGAAAGAAUAGUACCGCGCCUUCAGUUCCCAAGAGUGCUGCUUCUAGGAGGCAGUCCAUGGAUGUCGAUGCCACCGGUCUUCCGUCUCCGCCAGCUGAAGAAGCGCCGGAAAUGACUUCAAAAGCCGCGAAGAUGAUGGGCACUGCCAAGCUGGAUAGGAAAGCCUCGACUCGAGGCAAACAGAAGGCGUCUGGUGAGAAGCUUCCAGCAAUGUUCGAAAAGUCCUUGGAGAAAGCUGACGGUAGCAAUGUAGCUGUUCCAGAUCCUUAUGCCAUCGACUCAGAUGACAUGGUGAUGGUGAAUGAUGUGGACGAUCCCCUUGUCAAUGGCAAAAAGUUCUCCGCCACUAAAGACAAAGGUUCGAAGAGCAAGUCCAAAGGAAUGGAUGCCGAGCCAAGUUCAUCUCUGAAAAGGGAUUUGCCUGACAGGACCAAAUCUAAGCGAGACUCCAAAAUGGAACCAAGUAGCUCUAAGAGAAAGUCCAAGAUUGGGAACGACAUCGACGAUGAUGUUGUCAUGGUUGACGCAGGCUCUUCGGGUGACGCAAACGUAGAGCCUGGCCCCGACGAUAUGCAGUUCAUUACCAAGCCUAGAGGACUCCAGCGCUCGGCCACAAGCUCAAAGAAACCUGAUAGCAAGUCCGGUGGAAUAGGGGGCGGGCUGUUCGGCGCUUUCCGUAAGAGUCGUCGUGCAUCUGAGGUCAACGAAUUUUCAAAAAGCAGAGCCAUCGUGGAGGAUGAGGAGGUAGCACCUCGCAAGCGUACCGUCACUGGCGGAGAUGACUCUGCUAAGCGUCCUCGCCGUGACGACCGCAGGAAAACUGAGAAGACAGAUCGUGCAGCUGACGGCUAUGUCUAUGACACCGCUAGAGAUGUUGGAGGAACUACCGAAGCGGAAGAUGCGGACGCACGGAGAGAGAAGAGACGGACUAAACGUGCAGAAGAUGAUCGUAUUGCCAAAGAGCCACGUGAAGAAGCUUUGAAAUACGAAGCUGAUCGACGAGCUAAGCGUGGUGAAGCAGACAAAGCCAAGCUUAAGGAUGAGCGCGGCAAGCGAGCUCGCAAGGAGGAGGAAGCCGAAGCCCGUCGCCUCGAAGAAAAAGAGGACCGCCGAGCUGCACGAGAAGCUCGCCGCAGAGAAGAAGAGGCAAACAGAGCGCUCGAGGAUGACAUCCUCAAACCCCGGUCUAAGCGCCGUGAUACAGAGAAAGAGGUCCCAGCGGCAUCCUCAUCUCGACCUCGCACAUCUGACCGUCGUCGCUCCCACAUGGAUAAAGCCACCGAACGCCCCAAAUCCUCGCGCCGAAAAUCCACAAUUGCUCCAGUAGACGACUACUUUGACCCCCGCAACGGCCGCCCUAUCAAUGACAAUGACCCCUACGGUGGCAACGACCAUACCACCUCUUGGGUCAAAUCCCAAGUCUCCGAACCGCCCGAGCCCCCGCCAGUCGAGCCGACAAUCAUGGAACAAGCCCCCGACUUCAGAGCCAAAGGCGCCGACGACCUGGUGGAAGACGAAUAUGCCAGACGCGCGAGCCAUAAGAAGCCAAAGAGGGGUAGCCGUAUGUACACCGACCCCCUCGCUGAUGAACAAGAAGAGCGCAGGAGGCGAAGGAAGGAGAAGGAGGUUCGGAGCAGUGAGGGCAGUGCGGCGGAGGAGAGGUAUGGAGGGUUGGGGAGCAUGGAUAGGAGACAGAGUGAUCUCGGAGGCGUGAAGCUGGGGGCGGGGACGAAGACGUUUGACGGGAAGACCGGGCAGGGAAAACGAUCCAGUUGGUUUCAAAAGGUCACCGGAGGGUUCUGA